AUGUCUGCACAGGCGGGUGUGGGGAUACUCACAAGCCCUCGGCUGUCAGACAGGGUUUGUGAUGUCUGGACACACAGUGGGAGAGUGAUGGGUAUCAAGAUCAAACUUGAGAGAUCUUCCCUGGCGGUGUUGCAGGUGUACGCACCGAACGCAUCGUCAGAGUACCCAGCUUUCCUAGAUGAAGUGGAGGAAGUCCUGAAUAAGGCAUCUUCUGAAGCGGAUUCAGUUGUGUUGUUUGGGGAUUUCAAUGCCCAUGUUGGUGUUGACUCUGAGACAUGGACGGGUGUGAUUGGGAAGAACGGGGAUAAGAGUGAGAACCCGAACGGUAAAAUGUUGCUGGAUUUCUGCGCAAUCAAAGGUUAUUCGAUCAUGAAUACCUUUUUCCAGCACAAGGAGAUUCAUAAAUACACCUGGGAAGACACAAAACGAGGACUUAAGACAAUAAUUGACUUUGUCCUGGUUCCCGGUGUUGAUAGAAGAAUUGUCCAAGACGUUCGAGUUUUUAACAGUGCUGAACUGUCAACUGAUCACCACCUGCUCUUUGCAAAAAUUAACCUCAACGAAGAUCCUCCCGCUCUACCUAAGGGUAAGAGCAAAGUGCUUAAAUGCAUUAGGUGGGAGAGUCUCAAGAAGAAAGACGUUGAGGAAAAAUUUGUGAAGGGCAUACAAGAAAGGUUUGAACAAAUUCCACAGUCUCCUUCUGACAUAGAGGCUGAAUGGGCCUGCUUCCAAACAGCCAUUUUGGCCUCGGCUACAGAAGCUUGUGGCGUUAAGCGCAUUAAUGUGACGAACAACGUGAAACGGUCAUCUUGGUGGGGAACACCGGGAGUAAAAGAAGCCGUUGGAGAGAAAAAGAAGGCUUACAAGUUGUACAUACAACGUAAGGAUUCUGAUUCUCGUGAUCGUUAUGUUGAGGCGCGAAAGGCUGCAAAGCUCGCAGUUAAAGCCGCUAGAGAGGAGGCGUGGAAAAAGUUCGGUGAAAAGCUGGAGCUUGACUAUAGGACGGCAAACAAAACUUUCUGGCAAACAGUCCGAAGACUCCGAGGGAAGAAGAGCAAUUCCAUCCAAGGAGUAACAUCCAAGGAAGGGAAUCUUCUGACCAAAGAGGAAGAGGUUUUAAAUCGCUGGAAAGAGUACUUCUCAGAAUUGCUCAAUCCUCAGCAAGGCACUGAUGAUGACGUACCCACGAGUAAAGACAGGGAGGAAAGUAGUCCUUCAGAGAGUGAAGUCCUGUAUGCGAUUAGUAAAUUGAAGGAUGGAAAAGCUGCAGGAAUUGACGAAAUACGUCCCGAAAUGCUAAAACUCAUGGGUAUAGUGGGUGUUAAUUGGCUCACGCGUGUCAUUAAGGUGGCUUGGCAAAGUGGGAGAGCACCAAAGGACUGGCAAAGUGCCCGUUAG